AAAAGAAAAUUCAGCUCAAACCAUACAAAAGAACAAACAAUCCUCAAAAAUUCUACCAACGUUGCUCUUUCCCUCAAACAAACGGUGCUUUCAGUGUCAUAUGUCCAAUGUCACCACCUUAGAGAUUAUUCAUUCGUUGAUUCGUUGUUUCACAAUUUGUUGAACUCUGGAAAACAAUGCAAUACAACAUCUUCCCAAUAAUGCGUAGCUUCAACAUCAUUGACGGUUGCAAGGGAACUCAAUUGUAUACUAUCAACCCCUCCGGCACCGGCACCGCCACCUGCAGUGGUAUUGGCGAUAAGCUUCUCCAACAACUUCACGAUCACAUUAAGACCCAAACCCUUAGAACCAAAUCCAAUCGGAACUUCAUUUCUCCGAACACCACCCCACCUUCCGAGGUUGUUUUCUGUGAGGGCACCCUCCUCCCCUAUGGCCUCCCCAUGACAGAACUUCUUGAACCCAAAAUUGAACCGUCCCUCGUCUCUCCCGAUUUAGUGGAAACCCUCGCCGGUGCUUAUCGUCGUGCCGAGGACUGCCCCCAGUUCGAGCGCACCGAGGUCUUCCUCCAGCAAUGCACCAUCUUUCGAAGCUUAGCAGACCCCAAGCUCUUCCGUCGCAGCCUUCGCGCCGCUCGGCAGCACGCCACUAGCGUGCAUGCUAAGGUCGUGCUCGCCGCUUGGCUGCGCCACGAGCGCCGUGAGGACGAGCUCAUCGGGUCGUCUUCCAUGGACUGCAGAGGGAGGAACCUUGAGUGUCCCCGGGCAACCUUGGAGCCAGGCUAUGACCCGGAGUCUGUGUUUGAUCCUUGCCCAUGCACGCGUGCACGUGCAGUGAAUUCUGAUGCUGAUAGUGAUGUUGGUUAUAGUGCAAUGGUGGCAGAGGAUGAUGACGAUGAUGAGCAACGCCCCACGUCCGAGGAAGAGGAUGGUGACAUGUCGUUCAUUGUCGGUGAAGAUGAAGUUAGGUGCAAUAGGUUCAACAUAGCCUCACUUUCAAGGCCCUUUAAGACAAUGUUGUGUGGUGAAUUCGUAGAGUCAAAAAGGGAGCACAUUAAUUUUUCACAGAAUGGUUUUUCUGUUGAGGCACUGAAAGCUGCUAAGGAGUUCAGUAUAAGUAAGAGGUUGACCCAUUUGGAGCCUAUGGCUGUGUUGGAGUUGUUGUCUUUUGCGAAUCGUUUUUGUUGUGAAGAGAUGAAGCAUGCAUGUGACGUACAUUUGGCUUUGCUAGUUUGUGACCUGGAGGAUGCGUUGUUGCUUAUAGAGUAUGGAUUGGAGGAAACUGCAUACCUUCUUGUUGCAGCUUGCUUGCAGGUGUUUCUUCGAGAGCUCCCAUGUUCCAUGCAGUGUUCGAGUUUUGUGAGGAUGCUUUCUAGUCCAGAGGGUAGGGAUAGGCUAGCCAUGGCGGGACAUGCGUCAUUUAUGUUGUAUUACUUUUUGAGUCAGGUUGCGAUGGAGGAAGAGAUGAGAUCUAACACAACUGUGAUGUUGUUGGAGAGGUUAGUGGAGUGUGCAAAAGAUGGUUGGGAGAAGCAACUUGCGUUUCACCAAAUGGGCGUUGUUAUGCUUGAGAGAAAAGAAUACAAAGAUGCACAUCAUUGGUUUCAGUCAGCAGUGGAGGCAGGGCAUGUUUAUUCUACGGUGGGAGUUGCAAGGGCCAAAUACAAGCGUGGCCACACGUAUUCAGCAUAUAAGUUGAUGAACUCACUUGUUUCUGAACAUAAACCAGUUGGGUGGAUGUAUCAAGAAAGGUCUUUGUAUUGUAUGGGGAAGGAGAAACAAAUGGACUUGCUAUCAGCAACUGAGUUAGAUCCAACUCUUUCAUUUCCUUAUAAAUUUCGAGCUGUUUCUUUCUUGGAAGAGAACAGGAUUGAAUCUGCCAUUGCAGAAAUCAAUAAAGUAAUCGGUUUCAAGGUUUCUGCAGAUUGCCUUGAACUGAGAGCUUGGUUCUUGAUUGCCAUGGAGGAUUAUGAAGGAGCCCUUAGAGAUGUUCGGGCAAUUUUGACGUUGGAUCCAAAUUAUAUGAUGUUUUAUGGCCAUAUGCAUGGUGAGCACUUGAUAGAACUUCUUAGUCCUGUUGUUCAACAGUGGUGCCAAGCUGAUUGUUGGAUGCAUUUGUAUGAUCGGUGGUCCUCUGUUGAUGAUAUUGGUUCAUUGGCUGUUGUACACCAAAUGUUAGCAAAUGAUCCGGGGAAAAGUCUUUUACGUUUUCGACAAUCUCUCCUUCUGCUACGGUGA